AUGAAUAAGGAAUCGUUGAUAGCUGAAAAUGGAAGCUUUGAUGGGUCAUCGUGGAAUUGGGCCUUGGUUUGGCGUCGACCUUUAUUAUUGCAAAGGGAAAUUGAUCUUGCUCAUGAACUACAGGAAAUUAUUGAGCUUUUCCAACCUAAGGUGCACAUGGAGGAUUUAUGGUGUGGUGGUGUGGAUGAGGUUGUAAUGUUGGCAUUGCGGCGUAUAUGGAAAACCAAGGCACCGCGUUCUGUGGAAGGUCAAUUGCUGACUAUGAGUGGCUUUGUUGUUGGAAAAAAAUCUUCUCGUGUUGUUGUGACUAUUUGGGUUGCAACUGUGUGGAGUUUGUGGCUACACCAGAAUAAAAUGGUGUUCAAUAAUGGAGUGUGUGAUGUGCUUGAAGUAGUUGAAUCUACUAAAUAUAGAGCAUGGAAGUGGUUGACAGCAGGAAUGAGUCAUGGAAGCAUUCCAUUUGUAAAUUGGCUUAAUGAGCCAUACCAUUAUUUUUCAAGUUUUUUGUAA